AUAUCCAUGCAACAGCAAACGACAUCAGCUUGGAUCUUCCAGGAAUUUUCCAGUGUAUUUGAGAACCAAAUUCCCUCUACAUAUAAGCACUUUUAUAUUGACUUGCAAACUAACUUCCCUCUGGUAGUAGUCUUCAUGCUGGAUCACUUCUACUCAAUCAUUUCGAUGACUUCCAAUGACGAAAAGGCUUCCAAGAAAAGAAGCAUUCAGGGCUGCAAAACUACUUUGGUAGCCGCAAAAUGUACCCCUCCAGAUGCCCUCCGGGCCGGUUUCCCUGAUCUUAAGCGGCUUGGCACGUACUUCGGUAUCUACUUGGGUGUUGGAACUGUAAUCUUUUACGCAUUGAAGAAUGACAUCAGAGGCCAUAAAACAAUCGAUUUCAUUGAUUCACUUUACUUAUGUGUGGUGACAAUGACCACAGUUGGUUACGGAGACCUUGUCCCUCACAGUUACAAUGCACAACUAGUAUGCAUUUUUUUCAUAACCGUAGGGAUGUGUCUGUUCGGAAUAGCAGUGAAAAUCGCUGCAAAGUACUUGGUUGUGAAACAACAAAUGGUGAUGGUCAAUGCCCUUCGCAUGUCACGAAAAAUCGGUCCGGUGGAAGCCCUUAAAGAGAUUGAAAGCGUCAAAAUAGACUACAAUAAGCUCAAGAUCUCCUUGAUCGCUAUGGCGGGGCAUUAUGUCAUUGGGAUCUUUGUUCUACUCACCAUCGAAGGAAUGGACUUCACCGAUGCCAUCUACUGUGCAUUUACAACCAUGACAACCACAGGCUUCGGAGACGAGACCUUCCAAGAACCAUUCGGUCGUAUGUUUGCUGUAUUUUGGAUUUCGACCGGAACUUCCUGUGUAGGCCAGCUAUUUCUCUACAUUGCAGAGAUAUACACCGAUAUCGAAACAAGGAAACUGGCGAAACAGGUAAUUAGCAACAACAUUAUAGCCAAGACAGACCUGGAGGCAGCUGAUGAUAUUAAGGAUGGCAAGGUUUAUGGGGCUGCUGAUAUGAUCUUAUAUAAGCUAAAAGAAAAAGGAAAGAUCAAACAAGAUGAUAUUUCAGUUGCCAUGAAGGAUCUGGAUGAUGUGAUCAAGGAUGUUGAUGUUGAUGAUGUAACUCCACCAAAAUCAGCUGAAGAGAAGUGAUUAUAAUGGCAUCAAAGACAAGACAAUAUUGUAUUAGUGGUAUUUGGAAUAAUGUUUUCAAGUAAUUUGAUUGAAUAAUAAAUAUAAUGAUGGAUUUAUACUAUAA